UCGCCGCUCUUGGGCUUCUCUUUGGCAACGGCGACGGCUAGCAUCGACGAGGAAGGCGUGAGGCCGCGCGUCAAGGUGAGGAGCCGAGGGGAAGGAUGGCCUCGUCGCUCGAGCCCAGUCGGCGCCUACCCGAAACGUGAGAGGACAGCGAGCGAGGAUCUCUCAUGACAUCCGCCCGACGGUGCGCUAAGGGCAUAGAUCGCAGAAUGGUGGUCGAUUGCUUAUCUGCCCAGGGUUCGGGAGGACGGAAGCAGGAGAGAAGAUUGGGUAGCUCCGUCAGUUCCAGGAUGCAGCCCAAUGUAACAGCGGCAGGUGGCAUGACACCUAAAGAGCUGUGCGAUAAUGACGAUUUGGCAACAUCUCUUGUGCUCGAUACCUACUUGGGGUUUACAACGCAUAAAAUGAAUAUUAGAUACAGACCAUUAAAGGCUAAUAAAGAUGAGCUUAAGAAAGUUAUAAAUGAAUUCAUUCAAACACAAAAUUAUGAAAAAGCCUACAAGAAGUUGAUAAGCGGUGAUUGGGGAGCUCGUUUACCACAUACCAAGUCGAAACAGCAACAGAUCAACUUAGAAAAACAUAUUUAUCGAUAUUUAAGGGUAUUCGAUAAAGAUUCAGGUUUUGUUAUUAAAGCUUGUUAUAGGUAUUCAUUGGAAGGGCAAAAGGGAGCAAAAAUAUGCGCAACAAGAAAAUGGUUAAAAAACGAUAAAAUUUCUUGCCUUGUAGGUUGCAUUGCUGAAUUAAGUGAUAAAGAGGAAGCUGCCCUCUUACAUCCUGGAAAAAAUGAUUUUUCAGUAAUGUUCAGUUGUAGAAAAAAUUGCGCUCAACUCUGGUUAGGACCAGCAGCUUAUAUUAAUCAUGAUUGUAGGGCAAACUGCAAGUUUGUUGCAACUGGACGUGAUACUGCCUGUGUGAAGGUUUUACGUGAUAUCGAAGCAGGAGAAGAAAUCACUUGCUUUUAUGGCGAGGAUUUUUUUGGUGAUGGCAAUUGUUAUUGUGAGUGUGAAACUUGUGAAAGACGUGGUACUGGAGCAUUUGCUAAUCAAAAACCUGGAGAAGAAUUAGAAUCAGGUUAUCGUUUGAGAGAAACGGACAAUCGCAUAAACCGUACAAAACACAGACAGCAGCCGUUAGGUGCAAAUAAACAUCAAGAAAGUACUCUCAUGGAAAGAAAUGGGGAAAUCACUAAUGUUGCAGUCGCUCCUCAGUCACUCAGUAUGAAGGAGUUGAGGCGAAAGGGCCUUACAAAAUAUGAUGCCGAGCUUUUAAUUGCUCAGGGUUGUCGAUUUUCUGACAUUGCUCAGCAACCAGUGUUAUUAAAUAACGAAGAGAAUGCGUCUCAAAAUUCUCAGCAUACUCCAGGUUCAGCCACAAGAACACUCAGAAAUAAAAAUCAAGCAAACAAGACUGAAAGUAAUAAUAAUAAUAAUAAUAAUAAUAAUAAUAAUAAUAUUAACAAUAAUCGAAGCAACUUGAAAGGUUGCCAACGUUUAAGGGCUUCCAGGCUUCAAAAGAGAGCAGAAGCAAAAAGAAUUAAAGGAACUGAAAGCAAUAAUGGCUUGCAUCUUGGUUCGCUUCAUGUUCGUCAUAGAAAAGAAGAUUCCGACAGAGGAGAAGCAGAUGAAAAUUGUGUUUUUUCAAAUUUACACAAACAUAAUCAGGAAACGUCCAGAAAUGAUACUGUAAAUACUUGUCAUAUUCGGGAUCUGCGCUCGACAGCAUCAGAAAAUUGUCAUGAAAAACGACGAGAAGAAGAGUGUUUGUCAAGAUUAUCAGAAAAUAUGUCAAAUGAUAAAUUCAAUUCAAAAUUGCAAGAUGACUCUAUAGAAAAUGAUCGUUCAUUUCAUAUAUAUGGAAAAGAGCACAGUACAAAUUCCUUUAGUCCAAAUCACUCCAAUCUUGUUUCUCAUUCUAAAUUUCAUAAUCUGUCAGAUAUUAAUAUAUCAGAUAAAACAAAUUCAAAUCAGUGCUUAAAAAAUAGUUUCAAAGGCUAUCAGUGUUCAAUGAGUGGUAUAGAUAUAAGUAAAUUGGAUAGUGAAAAUCAAGUGAAAACUAUAAAUUCCAAUAAAAGUGAAAGUUCGGUCAAAGUGUACGAUCGCUUGUUUACGACUGAUAAAAAAGCGUAUCAUAAGUUCAGUGAUAAUGUGUCGUACGAUGUAAAUUGUAGAAAAUCUCCUAUUCAUGGUAAAGCUCCUCGAAGCUCGCCUUUCCAUGAAACUAAGGAUUUCGAUAAGCUUAACUCCAUAGAAGGUUCUGCCGGAGAAAUCCUAGAGUCUAAUGUAAGCAUAAACUAUGGACAAUCUGAGAUAACCUCAAUAGAACCUUCAAAUACCUCGAAAUUUCACAAAAUAGACUCAUUUGACAGUAACUGCAAGUCAAGAUAUCCCAGUGACAUUAAGGAUUGUGCAAAAAUAAUAGAUAAUCAAGAUAAUAAUUUAUUCUUUAACGGCAAACAUAGAGUAAUUAAUGAAGAGACUGUAAAAAAUUUAAGCGAAUCGAGUGAUAAUGUGGUACAAUGUAAAGAAUAUUUGAAUGAUUUUGUGACUCUAAAGUCAGAGGACACACGAACUUUAACACUAAAGAGAUGUGAUGAAGUACUGUUACACUCUCGUAAAAGUCAUAGGAAACAGGCCAAACGGUCAUCAAGAACAAAAUUGAAAAAAAUGAAGAAUGGUAGAAGUUUUUUGGAUAAGUGUAGUGUCAGGUUGACAAGGAGUCAAAAGAAGGACCCUCAACAACCAGCUGUGCCCAUUGGAGCAGCUGAUGAUGAUUCAGGUAUUCAAGGGGACAUUUAUGAGUUUAGUGAAAAAGAGAGUAAUCUGGAAGAUAUUAGUUUGCCAAACCGUGCUCCACUUUUAAGAGAUAAGUAUAAUGAAGUGCAAGAAAACCCACCACCUUUAAUAAUACCCUUGGAUCCUUGGCGUGGCUGUGACGACAAUCAUGAUACCUUCAACAAUAUCAAUGAUAGGCAAUCGAGAGAAAACUCUGUUAGCAGUGAGGGAAAACAUGAGUAAGUCAGCAGCAGCAGCAGCAGUAAUAGUAUCAGCAGUAGUAUCAGCGCAAACAUUAGUAGCAGCAUAAACAAGAACACCGGCACUUGCAUCGAACAACAACAACAACGGCCACUACAACCACCAUCGGCGCAACCACAAUCGAUUCCAAGUGUAAUGCAUCCCUGGGAGCAACCACUUCCGCAACGGCAACAAUUCACAUCUGAACCCUCGGAGUGUCGCACCUAUCCAGUGACGCCCGAGCGCCAAAGUGGUGGCAGACUCAAGUUAACCCUUCGUAUGAAACGUUCACCCAUCCUGGACGAUGUAAUCGAGUCAGGAACAAAUUUGAGCGAGGAUUGCGGCAACGACGUACCGGAAUACGAGGUGCUGCGCGUCGAGGGCGUUGACGAAGAGGAAGCAGAGAGCGCGAGACCCCGCAAGAAGCAUAAGACUCGCGAUCGCGAAAGGCGGCACAAGCGCCGGGAGCUUAUACACGAUCCGCCCAUACCCCCGCCAACCUCCAUGAAGAGACUGAGGCUCAUCUUCGGUAACGAGACGCACACCAUCGAUCUCCCGCACUCCUAACGCCCGGGGACGCUCCGAUAGCGGGGACGUAACGAAGAUCUUGGGGAGAACGAUGAGGACGAGCAGCGGGAACUGCUCAACGAUUACUUUAGAGCCAUUUUCUGUUAGGAUGAGAGUCGCUGGAUGGUCCCACUUUAUUUUCUUUCUAUCUAUUUGUCUUUAUCCUUCUCUCACUCUGCUCUUUCUCUUUCUAGUUUUCUCUAUAACGCGCACUCGAACCUCCCCAUGAAUAAUUCCACGCGACUACUACUUCUUCGUCUAAUUUGCCGCUGGGAGGCAGAAACGAAUACGAUUCCUCAAGACUUCAACGAAAAUUAUAUUUUAUCACGCUAUGCACGCUGUAUGCUUUUCGAGAACAACUGUAAACUCUUUUAUACGUUUUCUUCUUCCUAUCUAAAUAUUGAGAAAAAAAAUUUUUUAAACAUUGAGAAUAAUAAGCAUGUUCGUUGGACUUGAAGAAUGAAUUGACCUUGUAAACAUAAAGAAACGCUCGAAUAUUAUUAGUCGGUCCCUU